GUUCAGCUGUAGGAGAUAAUCAAAAUGUGACACGCAGGUCGCACCUGGGCUGAAUUUUGUGCUGGUGUGUGCUUUGAAGUAGUCGUGCUUCUAACAGAAUGCGGGACAAGAUGGCGUAUGGACAACAACACCGAAGAAGGUCUGACCAUCACGCCGGACGCGCCCAAGGACUCGCUCGAGGGUCAGACCGACACGAACAGUCCAUCUGUUAGUAGCUCUAAUGUCCGGCUAGUUCACGUGUCGAUACCCAGUGUCUCCAGUGGACAGAACCAGCCGUCCGUCAUCCAGUCGACACAGCCCAUCGUGCAGAUCAGUAAAAAUAGCGCGAUCCUGCUGAACAAGGCCGGGUCGGGCAGUGUCAUCCAGAGCACCCCCAAUUCCAGCGUGCAGAGCAUACAGGUGAUCGAAGCGGACGCCCUGCCACCGCAGUACGAGGACGAGGCGGCGCGGCGGCGGCGCGAGAUCCUCACGCGCCGACCCUCCUACCGCAAGAUCCUCAACGACCUGGGCGGCGGCGAGAUCUCCGAGGACAAGGGCGACGGUGACGUGGACGGACAGGGCGCCGCCUACCAGGGCAACGGCAUCAUCAAAGUGAUCCCGGCCAACACCAUCCAGAUCUCGUGCGCCGACGGCGUGCAGGGUCUGCAGACGCUCAGCAUGAGCAGCGCCGGCGCGGCCGCCAACACCAUUGUCCAGUAUACGCAGGGCGAUGGACAGUUCUUCGUGCCAGUGUCGAUACCGGUGACGGGCGGCCUGAAGCUGGACCAGGGCGGCAGCCAGCACAUGGUGCUCACCUCCUCCGGCGAGGUGGUCGAGGAGGUCACGAAGAAGCGCGAGGUGCGACUCUACAAGAACAGGGAGGCGGCCCGCGAGUGUCGCCGGAAGAAGAAGGAGUACAUCAAGUGUCUGGAGAACCGGGUGGCCGUGCUGGAGAACCAGAACAAGGCGCUGAUCGAGGAGCUCAAGUCGCUCAAGGAGCUCUACUGUCAGAAGAAGCUGCCCUGAGCGGUGCAGGGCAGCAGAACUGAGGCGGCGGCCGCGGCGCACCGCCCCGCCGGCUCCAGCCGCGGCACCGCAGAGACUGUACCUGAAGUGAUGUGCAAGCCAAAGGCCCUGCGCGUGGGUCGGGCCGCGCCGGGCGCGGCGCGUGCUCUCGUCGCCUUCAGCCGCGCCCGGGCGUGACCCGCGUGUGACGCGGCGGUGGCUGUGCGAGCGGCAGCGCGUUUCAGCGACUCCGCCGUGCCGGCGGGCGGCCGGGUCCCGCCGGCACCGGCUGCGCGUCAAACUGGCGUUACGGCGUUACCGGUGCUGGGUUAGCUGUGGGGUGGGUGCGUGCGCUUGGUUUGGCUGGAGAGUCCCGCUAAUCAAAAUCGACGGUAAUCCCAUCUGAUACGCAUCCCACCGUGCCAUUUAUUUGUAGCCUGCCCCCUCCCCUCCCCCCCCCCCCCCCCCCCACCAUCGGCCGACAUUUGUGCAGAGCGUGUAUUUUGUAUCAUCAGCUGUGUGGCCAAUACAGGCCGGGCCGGGCCUGUCGCCCGGCCGCCCGCGUC